GUGGCUCAGCUGUUCCGUGAAUUGGGCUUGAGCGAAAAGAUUGAACUGAAUGAUUAUGAGAUGCGAAUCGCUACUCAGUUUAUCAGUGGAGAAGAUGUUGGUGCUGAGUGGAGCGACGUUGGUGGCUGUGAUGAGCUUAUUGCCGAUCUCAAGGAUAGGAUAAUCCUACCUCUUCAAAUUGCUGCUCAAGCAGAUAGCGCACUUCUAUGUCCUCCAAAAGGGAUUUUGUUAUACGGCCCACCAGGCUGUGGUAAAACACUGUUAGCGAAAGCUGUAGCUCGGGCCGCUGGGUGCAGGUUUAUAAAUCUGCAAGUAUCAAACCUUACUGAUAAAUGGUAUGGAGAGUCACAGAAGCUGGCGGCUGCCGUAUUUUCUGUAGCUCAGAAGUUCCAACCUACGAUCAUAUUCAUUGAUGAAAUAGAUUCGUUUUUGCGCGACCGUCAAGCAAAUGACCAUGAGGCAACUGCGAUGAUGAAGGCUCAGUUCAUGUCGUUAUGGGAUGGGUUCUGCAGCACAAAUGAUCAGGUAUGUUUGAACAUAGCACCUGUUGUCCGUUGCGACGAUUUCGCUACAAAUUUGUUAAUGAACACAAUAUCACGUGUU